AUGGACCCACCCCUUGCCGAUGCCUACGGGUCCAGGAGAGGCUGGGUGAGACCCGGGAAGGUCGUGGAACCAAUGACUAGGCCACCGGGGAAUCAGGAGAAAAGAGAAGGAGGGGUGCGUGUAGGAAUAGAAAGCCCCAUGUAUUUCCGCUUAUCUCCUCAUGGCCACUUUUUAGAGCCCGCUCUGGGAGCAAGGCCUAUCCUUUCUUCUAAAUUCAAUAUUCAUAACAAGAUACGGAACCCUAUUAGGCCGGAGGUUAACUCCGACACCUUCUAA